GGUUAGUUAAACCGGAGCCGCGUGAAAAGAACUAAUGAUUCAAUCCAAUAACAAUAACAAAUAAAAUGAAAUGAGCAAUUUAAAUUUAUAUUCAGUCAAGAAUUGUUGUUAAUUAAUGAUGAGCAACAAAUAACUUUAGCAACUAAUGUAAAAUGGAAUCACGAGGUGAAACUUCCGAACUUCAGCAGCUUGUAACGAGCGAUGCGGAAAAUGACGACAGCACUAUUCAAGAGGACAAUACUGAGAGCCAGAGCAAAGUCAUGUCUCCAAUUAGAAGCAACAAAGUGUUUUCCUCAUCUGGGAACACAAGUCACAGCUCGGUAUCGAGAUCACUGGGUAAAGCAAACCAUGCAGGGCCUUCUCUAGGGCCAAUAGGAAAUUCUAAAAUAGCAUACGUCAAUGAACGUAGACCAGCUAGAGAGCCUGCUAAACCCAGUACAGCAAGGCCUAGAAAUGCUCACAAAAUAGACAUCCCCCCACCUAAACCUGAUAUCCACCACCAUUCUUUUAUCUCUCAAGUGCCCGACGUGCGUCACAUGGAACGAGCUCUGCUGGGUCUUCUAGCCGAUUUCCACUCUGGAAAACUUCGAGCCUUUGGUGGUGGCUGUACCAUGGAACACAUGACUAAUAUCCGGGAGCAACAGGAAAAAUUAGCAAAGCUGCACUUCGACUUGGGUGGUGCUGCCACAGUGCCCUCUUUAACAGAGGACAGCUUGAAAACGUCACGGAAUACUAUGAGCCAGCUGAUACAAAGAUUGGAACAGUUGAGUGUGUCAAUUGAGGCUCUGCAUAGUAGUAAUACAACAAAAUGAUUUAUUAGUGGUUGCAUGUUUUUAUUAGAUAGGAAGGGACAGUAAAUUUAAGUUUUUGUUACAUGAAUUUAUUUCAAAUAAACAUCUCAAAAAAUACUUUUUAUAGUGUUGUUUUAUUUACUUUUGUUAGCUGAACCUGGUGCUUGAGAACCAC